AAUAUGAGUAACUGUAUUCCGUUACAGUUACCGUUUAAAAAGGUGGUAUUCAGAAUACAGUUACUUUGGUGAAAUAAAUGGAAUACAUAGCGGUACUCUGUAAUUUUGGUCAUUCCACGCCGCGCAUUGCGGCUGGAAACCCAAACAAAACACGCGAGAAGAGGCUGUAAAAAAAAAAAAAGAAAAAAAGCGUCCUGUUGGUGGCGUUAGUUAAAACAAUGGAGCCGGAGCCAGCACAACACAGUCAGCAGUGCACGUCGAGCAGGAAUGCGUUUCGGAGUUGGAAGUUCCAACACCAUUUCAUGUUCAAAGAAGAAAGGGAUGGGCGGAAUUUCACAGUGCAAUGCAAAUUGUGCUUGCCAGCAAAGAAGAUGCUCUCCGCGUCAAAAGACUCAACCUCCAACCUAGCAAAACAUCUGAAAAGGAUGCAUCCCAGGGUUAUACACAGUUUACCCAAAGCAGAUACAUCGAAUGAUGGUGAUGAACAAAGUGGCAAAGACACAGCCCCUCCUCCUCUCAAACAAGCCAUCCUUAGCACGCCAGCCAUCACCCAAAGGAGAGUAAAUUCCUUGGUAUUUGACUUCAUAGUCAAUGAAGUGCAGCCCUUUUCUACCGUUGAGAACACCUCAUUCCGUAAGAUGGUUGAAGGACUAAGUGGGGGCAGGAGUCCUGUUUGCAGAAAAACAUUGAUGACUCACAUUGAGAAAACCUUUCCAAAAAUGAAGGAAGCAAUAACUGAAAUUCUUCUACAUACUCAACAUGUGUGCACAACAGCAGAUAUCUGGACUGCCCAUCACAGAAGUUUCAUUGGCAUCACAUGUCACUGGAUCGAGUCAGACACAUUGGAUCGCAAGUCUGCUGCACUGGCAUGUGAGAGGAUAAGAGGACGUCACACUUAUGAUGUUAUUGCCGCCAAAAUAAGUCAGGUUCAUGCUGAAUUCCAAAUCCAAGGCAAGGUUAGUGCUACAGUCACAGACAAUGGGAGCAAUUUUGUAAAAGCUUUCAAUGAAUAUGGAGAUUCAGAAACAGAAGAUGGUCUGGAAGACACAGAUGAUGUACAAUUUGAUGAUGUCACUACAGUACUUGAGGAGGAGCAAGAACACGAGGAGCUGAACUUCUUUUUGCCACCACACCAACGAUGUGCUGCGCACACACUAAAUCUCAUCGCCACGACUGACCUUGAUAAAGCUGCUUCACAGCAGGGUGUUUCCAAAAAAAUAUAUAGGAGUGCAAAGGCAAAAUGUGCAGCCAUCUGGAAUAAGGCUCAUCGUUCAUCAGGUGCUUCUGAUGUAAUCGAAGAAAUUGCCCAAAUGAGAUGUGUUGUACCUUCAGUGACUAGGUGGAGCUCAGAGUACCAUGCAAUCGAGAAGCUAAUGAAUCUACCUGAAAGUCAGCUUAAUGAAAUCUGUGAACAACUGAAGGUGGCAAAACUGCAUCCUCAAGAGACAGUGUUUCUCAGAGAGUAUGCAGCCAUUCUGAAACCACUUGCCUAUUCAGUCAACCUGCUUCAGGGGGAAAAGAACUGCUAUUUCGGAUAUGUGAUUCCCACCCUUCUCAGUCUGAAAGCCAAGUUAUCUGAAAAGUUGACACAAGUGCAAUUUUCAACUCACAUCCUCUUAGCGAUCAUCAAAGCAAUUGACACUCGAUUUGCAGCUGUAUUAGCCUCCCAUGAAGCAAGGAUGGCAGCAUCCACCAUCCCAAAAUUUCGACUCUGGUGGCUUGCUGAUGAUGAGAGAGAAUCCAUGAGAAGAACAAUGGUCCAAGAGGCUCGUCUCCUCAACACAGAACCUUCUAAUGACAGCAGCACCACUGGACAUGCCUCAGUGGGAAAUGAGCUGGAAGAUGAUGAUGACGACAGCUUCUUCAGUUUUCAGAGUACACAGGUGACCUGUUCUACAGCGGAGGAUGAGGUACAGAGGUAUCUUCAAGAUUCAGAUAAGACAUUGACCUCAUUAAAGGGAUAUCCAUUGAUCAGAGCCCUGUUCUUAAAAUACAAUACAACUCUGCCAUCAAGUGCUCCUGUCGAGCGUCUCUUCAGCCAUGGAGGACUUGUUUUCACCCCACACCGUAACCGCAUGACAGACAAACACUUUGAAGAGGUGCUCUUGCUGCGUUACAACCGCCUUUACUGGACUGUAGACUAGGCGAAACAGAUGUAGGUAGUCUGUUGAAACUAUCUUUGUAUUAUUCACAGAUAGGGCUUGCAACCUCAGUAUUUUGUAGUGUUUAGUAUUUGUUUUUGGCAUGCAUUCAAAAAGCAGCACCUCAUAUGUUUACUGCAAUUGUUAGCCAAUUAUUUGAUUUUUGAGGCCAAUUAAGGUUUUCAACCAAGCAGUUCAGCACUGACACCUUGGACAGUUCUUUGUUGCAUGCCUUUGUUAAAUGGCCAUAAGGUAAUGUUGCUGAGUUUCAUUAAAACAUAUAUUGUCUUGUUUUAAAAAUUAUAUCUAGGGGUAAGGUUUAAAAUGUAAUUUCUCAUUGUUACAUUGAGUUUGAAUAUCUGAGUUGUAUUGAAAGAUCUUUUGUAAUUUAAAAUUAUUGGUGGAAGAAUAAUAUUGACAGUAAAUGCCAAAAUAAUAUAUUUUUUAUUUUUGAGUAUAAUUUUAUAUAUUGCCUUUUUUGUCCUAAUAAGAAAACAGUCAUUGGAAAUGCUGAUAUUUUUUCUCCUUGUGCAAGGCUACUUUUUAUUUUAACUAAGUGAUGUUGUUGACCAUAACAGUAAAUAACAGUAAGUACUUCUCAAUGGCAUAUUUUAUGUUUGUCUACUACUCUUCCACUUGUCAGCUUUAUAAAUAAAAAAAAAUGUUAAGGAAAGAAGUUGCUUUUUUAUUAUCUUUAAGAAGACAAAACAGCUUAUACAAACAUACCCAAGUCUUUGCUCCUCUACAUUACAUAUAUUAUCUUAAGUUGGGCUUAACACCUAAUUGGUAAAGAAAAACAAACAAGGAUUUGCAGGAUGUGAUAGCGAAAGUCGUGUAGUUGUAAAAAGCAUGACAAUAUAUUAAGUAUUCCAAAGUAUUCAGAAUACGUUACUCACAUUGAGUAACUUAACGGAAUACGUUACAG